AUGAAUUCAGAAGAAAACGAUACAUCGACAACAACAUUUCAAGUAGCUGAAACUCAAUUAACUCGCCUUAUAAAAUAUAUCAUUUUCCAAACUUUUCAAAUUCCUGCGAUAUUUUGUUUCAUACUGAUUUUUUACAGUGUCUAUCGUGAACGUGAACUUCGUCGUCUUCAUAAUCAUGUUAUGCUUUUAAUCCUUCUUAGUUGCUUUAUUCUUUUAAUCGGUGAACUUCCGAUAACGUUAAGUUUUUUUUAUCGUGGAUGGUUAGAACCUCAGUCUGAUCGUCUUUGUCUCUAUUGGAUUUUUAUGAAUUAUACUUUUGAAGCGAUGAUUUUUCUUCUAAUGGCAUUUGCAAGUAUCGAACGAUUCGUAUUGAUAUUUUUUUCAACAGUUAUAACAGGAUCAGGACGUCGAAAAUGUUUUUUUCAUUAUAUUCCAAUGAUAUUCUGUUGUGUUCUUGUAAUCUUUUGGUAUAUCAUCUUGCUCUUCUUAUAUCCAUGUGUCAAUACUUUCAACUUUAGUUCAUUCCUAUGCAAUUCUGCUUGUUAUCAAUCGAACGUUGUAAUUGGAACAAUUGAUUGGGUAGGAACUGUUCUUUUACCUGUAUUGAUUACCAUUGUUUUUAAUGUGUUAUUAUUGAUUCGUGUAAUAUUACAAAAACGACGUUUACAUAUCGGUAUGAAUUGGCGUCGUUCAAGAAAAAUGUUGAUUCAAUUACUUUCUGUCGUAUUAAUAUUUCUUUGCACACAGAUUCCUCUGACUAUAUUCGCAUUGAUUCGUCUAAUUUUUGAUCCAAAUUUUCUGAGUACUAUAGUCAUAUUAUGGUAUUAUUUUACAACAUAUUUCAUCAUUUUGCUGAUUCCAUUUGCAUAUGUUAUUACGACAAAUGAAAUACACAAACAUCUAAUUAUUUUAAAAUUUUGUAAACCUCGUUUGAUAAAUCCUGUGACAGUUAAUACAAUUCAACAACCAAAAUAUCCUACUACCAAGAUUUAA